AUGGCAACCGUGCAAGGAACAGAACAGACCACCCUGGAGGCUGGCCCUGCUGUGCAUCUGGGACAGUCAAGUGCUCUACGCUCCCAGCUGUGGAAAGAGAUGCAAGAGAAGUUCUUGAGGGGAGAACCCAAAGUCCUUGGGGUUGUGCAGAUUCUGAUUGCCCUGAUAAACUUCAGCUUGGGAAUAAUAAUGAUGAGUGUAAUAGUGCCAUUUUAUGAACCGCACCCCAUUUCAUUUAACACAGCAUACCCAGUUUGGGGGUCAGUGAUGUUUAUUAUUUCAGGAUCUUUUUCAAUUGCAGCUGCAACCAGAACUACCAAAGGUCUGGUCCAAGCCAGUCUAGGAUUGAACAUAGCCAGCUCUGUGCUGGCUGCAUCGGGCAUCAUGCUCAGUAUAUCCAGCUUGAGCAUCUUGUCAUUUGAAUACCAUCAGUGUAUCCAUGAUAUGAUGGUAGAGGACUGUUCCCUGAUCAUGUCCAUUUUAACUGGUGUAGAUGCUGUGAUGUUCAUUUUUAGUGUGCUGGAAUUCUGCAUUGCUGUGUUCGUCGCUGCCUUUGGAUGCAAAGUGACCUGCUGCAACCCUGGUGGGGUCGUGUUGAUUCUGCCACCAAACCCUCCUGUGACAGAAACAGCAUCUGGUGCACCCUUUUAA